AUGACUGAAUCCAAGCAAUUGCACCUCACGGCCUUCAUGCGCCCCGUAAGCCUGCACACCGGCGCCUGGCGCUACCCAGGCUCCUACGCCGACGCCAAUUUCAACCUCACUCACCUCAAAUCCUUCAUCCAGAAGCUCGAAGCAGCCAAAUUCGACGCCUUCUUCAUGGCAGACCACCUCGCGGUGCUGAACAUGCCCGUCGAGGCGCUCAAACGCAGCCACACCGUCACCUCCUUCGAGCCGUUCACCCUGCUUUCGGCCCUUUCUGCAGUAACGGACAGGAUCGGCCUCGCGGCCACGGCUUCAACUACGUAUGAUGAACCCUACCACAUCGCGCGCCGCUUCGCCUCGCUAGACCAUCUCAGUGCCGGCCGCGCGGCGUGGAACAUUGUCACCACGGCGAACCCGGACUCCGCGCGGAAUUUCGGCCAGGAUGAACAUGCUGAGCAUGGAGAGCGGUACAAGCGGGCCCGGGAGUUCUACGACGUCGUUACAGGGCUGUGGGAUAGCUUUGCCGAUGAUGCGUUUAUCCUGGACCAGAAAAGCGGCAUUUACUUCGAUCCGGAGAAGAUGCAUGUCCUGGACCACAAGGGACCUGAGCUAAAGGUUAGGGGGCCGUUGAAUAUUGCGAGGCCCGUACAGGGGUGGCCCGUUAUUGUGCAGGCUGGGCAGAGCGAGCCGGGACGCCAGUUGGCGGCAGAGACGGCUGAGGUGGUUUUUUGUUCGCCGAAGGACUUGGAGGCGGGGAGGGCGUUGUAUGGGGAUAUUCAGCGGCGGAUGGGGGAGGUGGGAAGGAAGCGGGAACAUCUUAAGAUAUUGCCCGCUGCGUUCUUUGUUAUUGGUGAUACUGUCGAGGAGGCCAAGGCCAAGCGUACUACGCUCGAUAGUUUGGUCCACUAUGACAGUGCUAUUGCGUCAUUGUCGGUUGCGCUGGGGCAUGAUGCGUCUGGGUUUGACCCCGAUGGACCGCUGCCGCAGAUUCCAGAGACGAACGCUAGCAAGACUGGCCGGGCGGGCGUCAUCAAGCUGGCUGAGCAGGAAGGCCUGACUGUGCGGCAGCUUGCCCAGCGGUAUGGUGGAUAUUCUGGGCUGGCCUUUGUGGGCACGCCUGAGACUAUUGCAGAUGAGAUGACAACUUGGCUGGAUCAGGGAGCGGCGGAUGGAUUUACUGUCGUUUUCCCAUUUCUGCCUCAGGGGUUGCAUGACGUGACGGAGCGUUUGGUGCCUGAGUUGCAGCGUCGCGGGCUGUUCCGGCAAGAGUAUGAAGGGGCGACUUUGCGUGAGCAUCUUGGCCUUCCGCGGCCUAAGAAUAAAUUCUUUCCGUGA